AAUUGAGCCAUAAAAUGUCCAUCUACUGAAUACAAAACAAAUAUAUAAUGGGAAACUCCAUUUGAAAACAUGAAAAACUGGUCUGAAUUGAUACGAAAACUGGGACUAAAAUGACUGGCUGGCCUUUGCAUCAACGCAGAUCCGGUCCUGCCGGUUUCCGUACAAAUUCCUGCAGAAGGCAAAACCCCACUCUUCUAACGGAGCCUUCAAGUUACUACAAAAGCAGAGAAACCGGAUUAAGCAAAUCGGAUCAAAAUAUCGACCAAAACAGUGAACAAUCGAACCAGCUGCCUUUUGAUCACAAGUUUUGUACUAGAGGACUUCCAAAAUUCAGACCGAACACUUUUAAAACCAGAUGCAGUUUUUUCCGGAACUCUUCGCCUGAAAAGUGUCCAGACAAAAUUGUUUAUGUAUCAAACGAAAACAAUUUCAACUCUCGCUCUAACUCGCCCACAUUUCGGAAAUUAAACGAAACUAAGAAUUACUUGUUCCGAGCUAUCAACGUGGAAAUGAUGGAUCGCUUUGGAGUCAAUCAGUCUCUUCACUCUAUGGAAACAGUUUGCAACCCUGAAACCGACUCGCUUUCAAUCAGUAUGCAAAAUAUCUGCAAUUACAGAGGAGUCAAGUAUCCAGACUCCAUUUUCACAAAGGCAGUCGAGGAGCGGAAUCAAGACUGGCAUUUUGGUCCCAGAGUUGAAACAGUGGACGAAUUUAAACACCCGGAGUUAAAACCCUCGCCUCAAUUAAAGCCACCAAUUGAGAUUCAACCAGUCAAGAGAACUAUUUUGAAGCUACCCGAUAUUGGAGUUCUUAUUUCGCCAGUUCGGGUCAAGUUUAGGGGUAACUUGCAUUAUGCUUACAAACUGGCAGAUGAAAUGCGCUUCGGGGGUAGUCAGUACAACAUUGAUAAAUGGAUUGAAGAACUGCGACAGAAAAACGAGAAACAAGCCGAUGAAAAAGGUGCAAAAACAAAAGAAAUCUCUCAAAGCGAGGUUGAUUUUGAGAUCCCCGUGAAUAUAAAAGACAGCCGUGACAACAGUUACAUGAUUGACUUGAACGAAGCUAUGAAUCGAAUUGAGAGCCGACUGAGAUCUGCUCGGAUGGACGAGGAUUCUUCGUAUGCGGACGCUAGUACUUCAAAUCUAACGACACAGAAAGUACCACAGAAGAAGUUGAACUCAUUUCGCGUCCCUCGUGCUUAUAAUGUUCCGCUUUCUGAACGAAAAGGAAAAUCUAAAGCAAAAACCAAUUACUCCAAGGGUAACAGUUAUUCAACAGACAAAAAGCCAAAAGAAAGCAAAAAGUUAGGCAAAAAGAAGUCGAAAGGAGGUAAAGGGAGAAAAUAUUAUGCUGGCAAGAAGGCAAUCGAUGACAUUUCUGGUGCAGUUGCUUUUGUCAGCAACCCCUCAACUCCAAACGUUAAAGACGAAGCUGAUGAAGAAACAGAAACAACUUGAGAACAACCGAAAAGUUGUGUGAAAUGAUAUAUCAAUAAAUUGAAAGAAAUAUUUUUUAUGAAUUAUUUCAUAACAAAUAUACUCAACAGGCAGUUUGAACAUAGCUAACGGAGGGUUAGAAGAGUUUUUCAACGCCAGGAAAAAGAA